ACAGAAGUAUGUGAUUGUGAUUGCUGAGUGUGUAUGUGUAGAACAAAAUGUCAGGUUCAAAUAAAUUGACGCUGCGCGUGCAGUCGGCGGAAGGCACGACGCGGGUGGAGAUGUCGGGCUCGGAGGUGACGGCGGCGCUGUAUGAGCGCGUGCACGACGCGCUGCACCUGCGCUCGUUCGCGUUCGCGCUGCACCGCGACCGCGCCAAGCAGGACGAGCUGGUGUCGAGCAAGUCUCAGAGGCUGAGUGACGCGGGCCUGCGCCACGGCGAUAUGCUGUACCUCAGCCCUGUUAAUGGUGCUAUUAUCUUUGAGCCGUCGGACACUGCGCAGGCCACCACUUCAGGACCAUCACACAUGGAAGCCGGGCCGUCCACAUCCAUGGACACAACUCCCUUGCCGACUAAGAGUAGUAAAACAAACAAGCCUGCCGAGGAGGAACUAGAUCUGCAGCUAUAUCAGAUGCCGGGCCAUAUUCAACGCCAGAGAGAUCCUAAACUAUGCCGGCACAACUCAGCAGGGUGCUGCGUCCACUGCUCCCCGCUGGAGCCCUGGGACGAGGGCUACCUGCGCGAGCACAACAUUAAGCACAUGUCCUUCCACUCGUAUCUGCGCAAGAUCACUUCGGGCAAGUUCAUCUCGCUGGCCGAGCCGAACCUUACUAUUAAACCAGGCUGCACGGAGCACCCCCCCUGGCCGCGCGGCAUCUGCUCCAAGUGCGCGCCCGGCGCGCUCACGCUCAACCGCCAGCCCUUCCGCUUCGUCGACAACGUGCUGGUGGAGUCCGCGGCUGUGGUGGAACGGUUCCUGGGCUACUGGCGCGCCUCGGGCCACCAGCGAGUUGGAUAUUUGAUUGGACAGUAUGAGCAUCAUCCGUUGGUGCCACUAGGUAUCCGCGCGCGAGUGGAAGCCAUAUACGAGCCCCCGCAAACGUCAUCCCGCGACCACGUCACCAUAGCGCCCGACCCCAAAGGCGAGCUCGUCGACCACAUCUGCUCCAAGCUAGGCCUCCGCCGGGUCGGCUGGCUGUUCACUGACCUCCUGCCUUUGCCGGACAAGCCCGGACAGGUGCAGUGCACGAGGGGCGUCGACACGCAUUUCCUCUCCGCUCAAGAGUGUAUAAUGGCGGCGCACUUCCAGAACGAACACCCGAACGCGUGCCGGCACGCGGAUAGCGGCUACUACGGGUCCAAAUUCGUGACCGUCGCGGUCACAGGCGACAGCACGAAUCAGAUCCACCUAGAAGGUUACCAAGUGUCAGCGCAGGCGCAAGCGCUGGAGCGGGCCGGGCUCCUGCUGCCCACACGGGACGCCCCUGACCUGGGCUACGUGCGGGACCCCACGCCCGAACGGCCCGUGCCCGACGUCUAUUAUAAGGAAAAAGACGCCUACGGCAACGAAGUCUCCGUCUCCCUACGGCGGGUCCCCGUCGCGUACCUGCUAGUGGACGUGCCCUGCGGCGUCAGCACCAACGCCUCCCCCCUCCUGUCCCCGCGGGCCGCCUUCCCCCCCGCGCACCGCCCGCUCCCGCAGUAUCUACAGACGAGGGAAGCGCUGCAUAAGCAUUUAGAGGAUUCUGAGAGUUUCUUAGAGGCAAUGUCGGACCUCCACACUCUGGUGUACAUAGCCAGUAACGAGACGCUGCCGAUCCCGCUGGAGUCGCUGGACGGGCUGCUGGCGGCGGUGCGCGCGCGCGACGCGCUGGCCGCCGAGCGCUGGCGCGCCGACACGCCCGCCUGGGCCACGCUCGAGCACUUGUGCGGGACUCAGGACGACCAGCUGGCUGCGUCCGUGGGCGACGAUAGCGGCGUGUGGACGUGCGGGAUCUGCACCUUCCACAACUCGAUGCGGCGCGACGCGUGCGAGAUGUGCGCCAUGCCACGGGGCACGAGUAACGCCAUGUAAAUACAAACUCGGAGCGAGCUGGGUUACAGUAGCGGCCGACAGCGGCGGGCCGGGCCGGCCCACACACGACUUUUAUAUACGAGAGAGCUGAAUAAUAAUGCAUUAUA